CUGGUGUACGCAUGCGCAGUAUGCCGUUUAUUUAUGCGUAUUUUUUUGAUUUUUUUGUUGUUGCUAGCAACAUGGAAGUAAACAAGAGUUGGGAAGGAGAGCAUUUGUUGUUGUGCCGUCGGUUUUAAAAGCGAACACAACAUUUGUCUUCUUUUGGAAUCCCAUCCCGUGGCCCAGGACGCCGUUUGAGGCCGCCGGUGUUUGUGAGCUUAACCGGACUCGGAAAGUGGCAAGAGUGUCGUCUGCAGAGUGCAGCGCUGGCUGACUUCAUACCAGGCACAUUUUCAGAAUGCAGAAUUCGUCGCACAGCCAAUAAUAAUAUCAUGUAUAAAAAUAUGAGUAAAAGGCGUUUUUUGCAGCGCUGCUAUUGAAAGCAUUGGCUAGCAUAAAUGACGGGCACCGCUUUCCACCGCUCACCCGCUUUAACGUGUGCUACUGUACUGCACACCCGCUCUAACACGUCAGACAAGCGCGACAACUUGUGUUCGUACGCAGCAAGUAGUUUUGGAAUCCAUUUCCCAGUGAACGGUCGUGUGUGUACAGGGUCUCCUGCAUAUUCGUGCCUGGCGCACUCACCUGGUCGCAAUCUGAUUCUGAUCUUGUUGGUAAAGAAUUUAACAGGGGAGGCGUCCAUGGACCCCCCGGGAAGUCCAGAUUUGGUCCCCUCGGUCUUCUGUCAUUUGAAAGCUGACAGGACGGAAAUGAGACUUGAAGCUACCAGCCGGUCCUCACCAAAGCCCGCCGGCGCAGCUCAAGAGUUUGAGGAUCCCCCUCCGUGUCGUACGAACGUCCGGGAGCGGCCCGCCGAGGUGGAGCCGGCGCCCCCGCGUGUGAAAGAGGAAGCGCAGGUGAUCUGUGUCACUGUGAAGAGUGAAGAAGAAAGGGAGGAGAGGAGAGCAUCAGAAGCAGACGGCCUCUUCGCGCCACUCUCAGACGCUCCCGACACCGAUGACGGUGAGGAUGAAGACUCCAAAGGGGACGGCGUGAAAAGGCACAAAUGUUCCCGGUGCGACCAAACUUUCGGCGACGAGAGAAAUUUAAGAGCGCACGCGAGAACACACACGGGAGAGAGAACCUUCGUCUGCGCGUGUUGCGGUAAAAGAUUUCCCCGCAAGGCUCAUUUGACCGCACACGCACGCAUACACACUGGCGAGAAACCCUUCUCGUGCGCCGUCUGCCACAGCAAAUUUCGGGAUCGCUCCACGCUGGUAACGCACGCCCGGACGCACACGGGGGAAAAACCGUUCUCCUGUUCCGUGUGUCACGUGAGCUUCAGCGUGAGCUCCACGCUGGUCCAACACAUGAGCACGCACGCCCGCCACAAAAUGUUCUCCUGCUCCGUUUGCGGGAAGAGAUUAUCCCGAAAGAGAAGUCUGGUGACGCACGCGAGGACGCACACGGGAGAAAGACCGUUCUCCUGCUCGCUGUGCGCCAUGACGUUCAGCGACAGCACGGCGCUGGGACGCCACGUGAAGACUCACACGGGGCGCAAAGCCUUCGCUUGCUCCUUUUGCGCUCACAGGUUCUCGCAAAAGUCGCAUUUGGUGGCACACCUGAGGAGACACACGGGGGAAAAGCCCUUCUGCUGUGCCGUGUGCGGGCAAAGCUUCGCUCAGAAAGGACACUUGGCGAAGCACGCCAGGACGCACACGGGAGAGAAGCCCUUCGCUUGCCGAGCGUGUGAGGAAAGCUUCGCGUACAAGUAUCAACUGGACAAACACGCGUGCGCUCGAACAAGCGUGAGUGCCGCAAAAGUCUUCUUGGAAGUCAUCACUAUCCUCGUCGUCAUGUGUAAAGUGAAAAUGCUGAGAGCGCUGGUCAACCAGCGGCUGAGUGCGGCCGUGGAGGAAAUCUUCGUGGUGUUGGAGAGAACCAUCACCGAGUACGAGGACGAACUUUCUAGAACGAAGGACGAGAACCUGCGACAGCGGCAACUGCUCGACGCUCUCAUGGACUCGAGCACAGCAGACGUCAGUCGAGGUGACGGUCCCCCCGAGGAGCAGCGGCGGCGGGCGGAGGAGUGCGGCUCAGGGGGGGAGGAGCAGGAGGACCCCGAUCCGAGCUACGUAAAAGAUGAGCACGGGUGGAGUCCGCGGCAGCCAGCGGAGGAGGAGGAGGUGGGGGAGGAAGAGGAGGAGGAGGAGGAAGAAGAAGAAGAAGAAGAGGAAGAGGAAGAGGAGGAGGAGGAGGAGGAGGAGGCCGGCGCCGCAAGCAGCGAGCCUCCCGCGGCUCACGUGGCGGUGAAGAGCGAAGCUCCGUGGUCUCAGGUUCUUCGCCCGAAGAAAGCGGACAGCCCCUCGGUCGCCACGUCCAAUAAUGACAACCAAAACGCGGGCGUGGCGCCCGUAGGCCAUCGUCGCGCGGGAUACACCGCCGAUCGCGUGAGAUACGACGCCAAACACUUCAAAUGUUCCCUGUGCGACUCGGCCUUUUUCAAGAUGUCCGAUUUGCAGCGACACAUGAUGAUCCACUCGGGAGAAAAACCUUUUAGCUGCACCGUUUGCCCCAAGAGGUUUAUCCGCAAGGCGCAUCUAGUUUACCACAUGAGGACGCACACGGGCGAGAAACCCUUCACGUGCUCCUUCUGCGGCAAACACUUCUCCCUCAAAGGCAAUUUGAUGCGACAUACUAGGAAGCACACGGGCGAAAAACCCUUCAAGUGCACCGAGUGCGACGCCGGCUUCACCGUGCGUCCCGCGUUGAUCCAACACAUGCGAACGCACACGGGCGAAAAACCUUUCAAAUGCUCCUUCUGCGGCGAAGGCUUCGCUCAGAGGGGACAUUUGAUCGGGCACACCAGAAUCCACACUGGAGAGAAACCCUUUUCGUGCAACGUGUGCGGCAAAAAGUUCUCCAUCAGGGGAACGCUGAACGUGCACGCGCGAACCCACACGGGCGAAAAACCGUUCAGUUGCGACUCGUGCGAGGGCAAAUUCUCUCACAAGCAUCAGCUGAGCAAACACGCGUGCGCCGGCGAGGGCAGCAGCACUCAAAUGGAUUUCGAUGCGGGAGGAGUCAUUGGAGCGUUCGGCAAUUGGCUAAGUUCGGAUGGGUGCAAGCGCGCCGGCGGACGGCGACGAGGAACUUUCCGGAACAAAAAGACAAAAGAGGAGCGGCGACGUCGUCAACGGGCGGACGCGCAGAUGGACUCCGACUCACGAGACGUCCAGCAAGUCCAGCCAGAGCUCCCCCACGUCAAAGAGGAACAGGUGGACGUGGACAUCAGUCGGCAGGAUGGAGAACACGUUGAGGAGGAGGAGGCCCACACCGGCGAGUUCCCGGUCAUCCGGGUCAUUGUGAAGGGUGAAGACGAGGAAGAUGAAGCUGAGCUCGGGGAGAAAAAUAGCGGAACGGAAGCAGGCCACCUCUGGGACGACGCCGAGGACUCCCGAGGCGAGCCGGCAAGUCGGCCCGACGCCUUCGAAUGUUCCCAGUGCGACGAAGCGUGCGGCGAAACGUCCGUCUCGAUGGCGCGCACGAGGGGUCGCGCGGAAGACAAAAUCUUCAUCUGCCCGUUUUGCGGCAAAAGCUUCCACCAGCGGGAGAACUUGAUCGGCCACACGAUGAUCCACACGGGAGAGAAACCCUUCGUCUGCUCCAUUUGCGGCGGGAGCUUCUCACUCAAAGGUACUCUCAUGAUCCACAUGAGGACGCACAGCGGCGAGAGACCCUUUCCUUGCUCCGUUUGCGGCGAAAGAUUCUCCCAGAAAGUCAACUUGACGACACACAUGAGGACGCACACUGGAGAGAAACCUUUCUCCUGCUCGGUGUGUGGCGAGAAAUUCUCCCAGAAAGGAAACUUAAUGAAGCACAUGAGGACGCACACCGGGGAGAAACCCUUUCCCUGCUCGGUUUGUGGUGAAAAGUUCUCGCAGAAGGGAAAUCUGGUGAUCCACAUGAGGACGCACACGGGGGAGAAACCUUUUCCCUGCUCUGUGUGCGGUAAACGGUUUGCUCUGAAAGGCAGCUUGAGGAAACACACCAGAACGCACACCGGCGAGAAACCUUUCGCUUGCUCGGUUUGCGGCGAGACGUUUGCGCAGAAAGGCAAUUUGAACAUUCACGCCAGGAAGCACACGGGAGAAAAACCCUUCAGCUGCAACGUGUGUCAGGGACAGUUCGUGAAUAGAAACGAGAACCACGACGUCGUCGUCAACUACUUGGACGCUCCGAUGGACACACAAGAAGAUCUUGGGCAGCGGAGCGUGGACGCAGUGGAGCGAGCGCCCGCUUGCAUCAAGGAGGAAGAGGAGGAGGUGGACCUCAGUCAGGAGGCAGGAGAGCAUCUCCAAGGUGUGCGCGAGGAGGAGGAGGCCGACAUCGGCCACUUCCCGCUGAUUCGAGUCGUCGUGAAGGGCGAAGACGACGAAGAAGCUCAGUCGUCUCAGCUUCGUCGCAGUCGAAGCGAGUCGGAAGCAGACAGCCUCUUAGCUCCUCUGUCGGACAGCGACAACCGCACCGACGACGACGACGACGACGAGGAAGACCCCAGAGGAGGUCGCGGCAGAUGUCCCGACGACAACAAGCGCUUCAAAUGUUCCGAGUGCGCAAAAGGCUUUGGCACGGAGAGAAAUCUAAAAACGCACAUGAGGACCCACACGGGAGAGAAACCCUUCAUUUGCUCCAUCUGCGGCGGGAGCUUCUCCCUGAAAUGCACUCUCAUGAUCCACAUGAGAACGCACACGGGGGAGAAACCCUUUCCGUGCUCCGUUUGCGGCGAGAAAUUCUCUCAGAAGGUCAAUUUGACGAAACACAUGAGGAAGCACACUGGAGAGAAACCUUUUCCCUGCUCCAUCUGCGGCGAGAGAUUCUCCCAGAAGGGAAACCUGAUGAUCCACAUGAGGUGGCACUCGGGGGAGAAACCCUUUCACUGCCCAGUUUGCGGCGAACGCUUCUCCCAAAAGGGGAAUCUGAUGAUCCACACGAGGACGCACACGGGAGAAAAGCCGUUUCCCUGCUCUGUGUGCGGUCAGACCUUCUCCCGCAAAGACAUCUUGUCCAAACACACCAGGACGCACACGGGCGAGAAACCUUUCGCUUGCUCGGUCUGCGGCGAAAAGUUUACGCAAAGCGGCAACUUGAAGACGCACACGAGGAGGCACACGGGAGAGAAACCUUACAGCUGUCGCCUGUGUCACGUCAAGUUUGCGUACAAGUAUCAAGUCAACAAACACAAGUGCGCCUCGGAUAUCGGCGCCGCGCACUGCAAAAUGUCCAAUGAUGGCAGCUCUGCGCCGUUAAGGAUUCAAGUUGUCAACUGCGCUCCACCGAAGAAGAAGAAGAAGAAGAAGAAGAAGAAGAACAAGGCGGAACUGCCGGCGGGGCGCUUCGGUGGUAGCUCGCUGUCCCGUUCAGUCACAAUGGAGCCUUUUGGAUGCAAACAAAUGACGUACAGAAGCCAAGCCGAAUUAGCUGUGUUUCCACCGGCGCCCCGCGGGUUGACGGCGGCGGCGGCGGCGGCGGGCGUUGUUAACCCGGGCCACGACCGAUCCGACGUCCGGCAGCAGCGGGAGACGCGUCCGGAGCGCUCGCACGUCAAAGAGGAGGCGGCGGCGGCGUCCCCCGCCGUCAAACAGGUCGCGUGCGGCCGCGUGAAACGGGAAGAGGAGGAGCCGGAGGCCUCCCGCGUCAAAGAGGAAGAGGAGGAACGCAGCGUCAGUCAGGCAUCGCUCGCCGGAGUCGUCGUGAAGAGCGAAGGCGACGAGAAGCUCUCGGCUCCGCUCUCCGACAGCGAGGACGCGUCGGCGACACGCUCUUCCCGCUCUGAAGGCGAAGACAACCGAGCCUCCAAAGCGCGUACGAGGUGUUCCAAAGCGUUCGAGUGUUGCCAGUGCGACAAAGCGUUUGGCAGUAAGAGCAACCUGAAGAGACACAUGGGCUGCCACACGGGGGAAAAACUAUUCAGCUGCUCCGUGUGCGGGAAACAUUUCUCCCAGAAGGGAAUCUUGAUGCGACACGCUCGUACGCACACGGGAGAAAAACCCUUCGGCUGCCCCUUCUGCGCCAAACGCUUCUCCAUGAAGGGAAACCUGCUGACGCACACCCGAAUUCACACCGGGGAAAAACCCUUCUCGUGUUCGGCGUGCGCCGCCAGCUUCACCGUUCGCUCGGCGCUCGUCCAGCACGCCAGGACGCACACCGGAGAGAGACCCUUCCCCUGCUCUUUCUGCGGGAAAACCUUCUCGCAGAAGGUUAGCCUGGCGACGCACGUGAGAAGACACACGGGGGAGAAGGCGUUCCGAUGCCGGGCGUGCGACCGCAGCUUCUCUCACAAGUAUCAGCUCGACAAGCACCCGUGCGCCGCCGCUCCGUCCGGACCCUGACGGGGAAAUACCGGACUCGCACUCAGAUGCACGCCACUUAAAUGCUCUCACGCAAAACUCACUUGUGUACGCGUUUGCACUUCUGAACGUGUGCACUUGCGUGUGAGAGCGUUUUCCGAAGCGCGUGCAACCCUCAAUCGUGUCCCCGGUGGCUUUUGACGUGCAUUUGAUGCUCACUAACGUACACAAGUGAAACACUCGGAACGUGAAAACAACCACAGCGGCACGCACACUGUUGCACACGUAUGCCAGCAGAAAAAAAAACCUGAGCUUGUAUGAGAAUGGAAAUGGAUGGAAAUGGAGCGGCGUGCGUUUCGUCAGGUUAGCGGCCGGGCUCGGGAAGUUAGCGUGUCGGGGAGGGAAUCGGCUGGACUCGUUGGGGUCGCGACGUGUUUUGGCAGUGAAGUGCACGUACGUCUUCGUCUCGCUCCUUCGCGACAGAGCGUCCGGUUUUUGUUCUCUGGGUCUUGCUGCAACACGUUUCGCGCUUUGCUACAUCAGAUCGGUCUUCAAAUAAAUAUAAACGUGGAGAAGAAAAAGAACACAGGACUCAUUUUUCUGCCUUCCCAAAGGAAAAUAUACAUUUUUCAAAACGCAAACGCCUUCGUACAACAUGAACGCAUAUUUCGUUCAACUCCUACCCACGUGACGAUCAUCUCAAAUCUUCCUGCUUCUUCGCAUCGUCCACACCGUUCCCGCAAUGUCCAUCCGGGCCGGUAGAUGGCGACGUCCCACUGAAAAACAAACCAAAACCACGUCCUGCGCAUGCGCGCACCCGGUCACUGGGCGGAAGUUAGCGAGCCAGCGAGCGUGCGUUUGUGCCAUUUGCCCAACUUUCACCGCUUUAUUCCUUUUUAUUUAUUAUUUUUAACGCAGCGUGGACGAGAACCAGCGACAACGUCAACGACUGGACGCGCUUUUCAAAUCUCGCGUGGACUCGCACGCGUCAGCUUGAUCGCAUACGUCGUACUUGAUCACUGAAUGCGAUUAGAGUGAAAGCGUUAUCAUGCCAAAUAGAUUUAAAAUAAUCGCCGGGAAUUAAAUCAGUUCAUCUUUUCAUCAUUCGGGUCACUUUGAAUAAAUGCAUUUGGAAAAGCUCACAGCUCACGUGUGGGUGCGUGAGCCAACGUGCAACACUAGAGGUCGCCAUUGCCGGAACAGCAGACCACCGCGCGGUGCGCAUGCGCAUGCGCACUGGAAACAACUGCGUCGGAAUCGAUUGUAUCAGCGUACCACCAAGCGUUUUCUUUGUCUUUUUUUGUUUUUGUGGGGGCAGCGGAAGACGUUUCUUACCGUUUAUAUAUUUAUGUAAACUCUCAAAAUAGAAAAUACAUACAUUUAUGUAAUUCUAAAAUGAGUAUUAUUAACCCGUAAUGACAAGAAUGAAAAUUCAAUGUUAUUUAUUUACCUAUCAUCACCGUUUGCGUAUUUGCAUCAAUCCUAUAUCUAGAAAAUGACAUACAUUAAUAUAAUUCUAAAAAUAGAGCUCACGUAUUAACCUCUAAUGACAACGGUAAACAUGAAAUGAUGUUUAUUUACAUUCAGGGUUGUUUAUUUACGUACAUUCUCGAAAGAGCGCUUAUCCCGGGCCAUGUCAUUUGUCCAAGUGGAGUCGCCGUAGCUACGUCACCUCCGAUCGCUGAGCAGGCUAGCUAAACUAAGCUAGGCUAAGCUACGAUGGUUGUCGGUGCGUGCUGCAAUGUCCACUUGUUGUCCGUUGUCCUUUUGUCUUGUGCUUCGCGCAACCGACUGACGCCGAACAGUGACAAGACUUCGCGCCUCGGUGAUCCGUGAAGCUUUGUUUUCGGUUCUUGGUAGCCGCUAACGAGUUAGCCGCACGCAGGCUAAGGCGCCGUUGGAGCGUGUCAAGUCACGAAGUCUUCGUCGUGAGGGAAACGGGAGGAAGAUUCUGGAACAAACCGGCAACGAGACGUCAGCGAAGAUGAUGAGCAGCUGCCCCGCAUUAAAGAGGAACAGCAGGAAGUGGACAUCAGUCAGGACG